AUGUCCACCUUCUCUUCGCUGUCCUCCAUCUCUGCUGCAUCACCGCCCCCAUCUCUCUAUUCGCGUCUCCCGGGCGGGAAACAGGCGCAGGCACGCGGGUCGCGCGUUGAGAGCGCGUCUCGCGCGCGACACGCUCGCACGACCAGUAGCAGAGGGUCUUCGGAGGGUUGGCAGUCGCCCAAGUCGAGCUCGUCCAGCCUAUGGUUCGCGCACGCUCUGCCGCGCUACGAUGCGCGAUUUGAAGGGUCAGAUUCAAAUCAUGGCGAAACUCGAGAUGUCCUUGAGUCCAAGUCCGUGACUAAAGUCCGAGCAUUCGCACCAUGCAACGAGGCUGCCCGGCUCUUCCGCGGCUCGGGUAAGCUGCAGGCUGCAGGAACCCAGGCCCAUCAGGUCCACCACGCAUCCUCCGGCUGGCUUCCCCCACGGGCCUCUCCUUCUCUUCCCCGUGACGGUGCAAUCUCUGUUAAUACCACCGCACCCUCUUCCUCUCGCCACCUUUACACCAACACUCUUCCCGCCUCCCCGCACCGACACCGUGCCCCCCGGAGAACAUUUGGAAAUAGUCAAUACGCCUAUCUUCCCCCAUCGGCCUCUAUCGCUUCCUUCGCCGUCUCUGAGCCUUCCCCAGCAUCCUUUGAGCCUUCGACGCCGUCGCCGUCCCCACGCGUCCAACGGUCGCGUCCCCAAAGAUCACCCUCCACGCCCCCACGUACUUUCCUCCUCAGUCGCGGCUUCGCUCCGACGUGCGGCCGCCCCACCCUCGCCAUGUCCAUGCAAAUACACGCACCCUCCCCCGUCCUCUCCUCCUCCCGCGUCUUCUCACCAGCUCCACCAGCAAACCGCGGACGGUCGCCCUCGCGCCCCUCCAGCAGUCGACCAACGUCCCCUCAGGUUCUGCCAACACAACUGCCGGGUCUGCGACCGCCGAUGCCGAGACCGCCGAGCCGUUCCGAACGCCUCCUGCGCGACACGCUCCGCCGUGCCGAAGAGCACGACCGCAUGUUGAGCCCGCCGCUGCCUCCCCUGAGCCCAGGUCUCUACCCCGCCGGCCCCCUUGGUGUGGGCGCGCGGAGCCACCCCUCGACGCCCAGGAGCCAGCGCCAUCGCCGCAGCACGUCCUCGAGCGACUCGUUCGACUAUCCCGCGGAGCGGGCCGAGGAGGUGGAUACGGACGACGGGGACGCGCGCGACUAUCUGUGGCGCACGGCCUCUGCGAGCAGCGAGUCCUCGUGCAACCACGCGCAGCACGCGCAGGCGCAGUACGCCCACCAGCUGCAUGGGCGGGCGCUCGUGCGUAACAGGAGCAUGACGAGUGCGGACAGUCCCAAGAAUGCGCAUGCGAUAAAGACCCGGGCCCAGCCCCAGAUACAGCAGUCGCCCGUGUCCAAGCGGGCGUCGCUCGAUGCGGAGCGUCCGCAUUCACACCAGCACCAACAUCAGUAUGCGAUGACCCCGCACGAGGCGGUGUUACGCAGCCGGCUAGAAGGCGUGCUGCGCGGUGCGAAGGAGCAAGAGCGCAGAACGCAGAGCGUUGAGCGACGGGACGGAGGUAGCGGUAGUGGAAGUGGGAGCGGGAACUCGAUGGCGAGCAGCCGGAAUUUGAGUGCGGAGGGCGACCUGUUCUUUGGGGCAGUCGAAGACUCGAGCGUCGCCUCGCUCGGCUCGGCGGACGCCAAGUACCCCAAGAAUCGCACGGGCUUCUCCCCGCGCUCGCCACGCGUGGGCGGUGCGCUACCGCAGCCGUCGGUCUCGCCAUCGUCGACGUCGGGCAGCCCGCGCACGCCACCGGACUCGCCGCCGUUCGACGCGCACACCGCUGCGGCGCUCUGUCGCGCGAUGGAUGGGUACGUGAGCUUCGCGAACAUCGAGGGGCUCGGCGUGCCCGGGGGCGAGGAGGAGGACGAGGAGAGCGUGAAGGAGCACGGGCGGUGGUGGGGGUGGUUGACUAUUCCCAAGCGGAGGGAGCGCAGUGAUAGUGCGAGCAGCUUUGCGUCGGGAUGA